CAGUACCCUCUCCGGGGCGUUAGGUGGCAGUAGAACGAUGCCCCGUUUCCUGCGGAGCCGCACAGUCACAACAAGAGGAGGAAGAGGAAAAACGACAACUCUGGAUCUGGAUCGUCGUCGACUGCCUUGCGUGACAACACAGGGAUCGUUCAGACUUUGGGUAUUGGCGCUUUUUAUUCUCCUCUCUCUGUCGUGUCGGAGCGCCGCGGAUCGGCCGCACUGCCGCCCGGUUUGUAGCGGUUGCUCCAGCUUGACCUGCACCAUGUCUGAUUUGCUGAGAUACAUCGACUACGACCACAAAGCCACCUUCCUGAAGAUGCUGAACCAGCAGCGCAUGGAGGGCGAGCACUGCGACGUGGUGGUGGUGGUGGAGAACAUCGAGUUCCGGGCGCACCGCUGCGUCCUCGCCGCCUGCAGCAACUACUUCAAGAAGCUCUUCAAGAAGCAGAGUGACGAGGACAACUCCAUCGUGGAGCUCGACUUCAUCCGCUCCGAUAUCUUCGAGGAAGUGCUCAACUACAUGUACACAGCGCGGCUGGCGGUGCGGAAGAAGGACAUCAACAUGAUGAUGUCGUCCGGACAGAUCCUCGGCAUCAACUUCCUGGACAACCUUUGCACCCAGAAGCGGGAGCUGACCAACAUGAAGACCCGCGAGAACCAGGCGCCGGACGACCACGGCAUGCGGGCGCAGGACGCCAUCUUGAAGGAGCUCGCCAUGGAGGAGGUGAGGAAAAACAGCUUCUACGACCAGGGGAUGGACGCCAUCGGCCCCGGCGGCUCCCACGUCUCGCAGCCGCACAGCUACAACACGGGGCUGGGGAAGGACCCGCACGCCCACGGCUGGGGGUCGUCGACCUCCGCCGCCGACAUGAAGCUGGAGUACCUCCUGUACGGCCACCGCGACCACAACUCCUGCCAGAGCGCCAGCGCCAAGCCACUCGACCACAACGCCAAGAAGGAGCGGCUGCUGACCGCCAACCGCCCGUACGGCUGCGAGCACUGCCCCAAAGCCUUCACCACCGCCGCGCACCUCAAGGAACACCUGAAGAUCCACUCAGGCUUCAAGCCCCACCGCUGCGUCGUCUGCGGCAAGGCCUUCAUCCGGGGGCCCGAUCUGAAGCGGCACGAGCGCGUGCACAGCAACGAGCGGCCCUUCGCCUGCCAGAUGUGCGAAAAGGCCUUCAAGCACAAGUCCCACCUGAAGGACCACGAGCGGCAGCACCGGGGCGAGCGGCCCUUCAACUGCGGCUCGUGCGACAAGGCGUUCAUCAAGGCGUCGGACCUGAAGCGCCACUGGAACACGAUGCACAGCGCCAACCCACGCAGACAGAUGUCGCUGUCGCCCGCCGCCUCCCAGCACGGCCCGGCGGAGGCCGCCGACCAGAGAGACUGGAAACUGGAGACCGGGCCACACUCGCACAACUCUGGGGACUGCUGAACGAUCCGACACACACACACACACACACACACACACACACACACACACAAACCAACAUUGACAUACAGGGGCGUCUCAA